UUUAAGUCAUCUCUAUAUCAAACGUGGGGCUCAAACUCACGACCCCAAGAUCAAAAGUUGCACAAUCCACCAAUUGAGCCCCCCCCAGGCGCCCCCAGAAUUUCCUUCCUUUGGAAGGUUCUGUGGCAUCCCUGGUGUGGAUAGACCAUGUUUUGUUUGUUGAUCUGUCCACGGACACUUGGGUUGCUUCCACACUUUGGUUUGUAUGGAGGAGGUCGGUGCUUGAUGAAGACCAGGGGCGUAUGGGCAGGUGUCUGGGUGAGUUUGGACCACCCCCCGCUUGCCUUUUGCAUCCAUUGGGGUGCUCAGGGUUGGGUUCCAGAAAUUUGGAAUCCUGCAGCCUGCCCCAGCCUGCUCCGUGCCCAACCCUACAGAGACAGGGACUGCCAAAGACAACGUCCUGCUUCGGGGACAGAGAGACUCAAGGUUCAGGCAGCCUCCUCUGGGGCCUCGGGGCUGUAUAGAGCAGGGGUGUGGCACCCAGCACUGUCCCAGGGUCUCCAAAGCCGGCAGGCACACCAGUUGGCACCCUCAGUCCUGUCCUUGUCAUGGGGGCUCUCUGGGAGUGGUGACACAGAGGACUCUACAGUCACUUCUCGGGCAGAGGACACUGAUGCAGGAAUAAGAACAGGAAAAACAUCACAGAAGAUUCCACGUGGUCCUACGUGGAAACACACAGGUCCUAGACUGUAUGACCCCCCCAGAUGUACCCCCAGAUGUACCAGAGAAUCACCGGGCUGGGCGGGCAGGGGAGAAGGGCAGUGCCCUGUGGGUCACUGUCACUCUCUGCCUCCUGCUGGCUCCUCCUGUGAGCCCUGCAUUUGUGGGGUUGGCCACCGUGUCUUGGGAAGAGGAGUUACCACGUUUCAUCACUAGAUGGCAUCUGUCCAGCAGCCGAGAGCUCGUGCGUGGCCCCGACUCCUGUCCCUUCAGGGAAAAAAGGACUGCGUUUCAUCCAGUCAGGACCUCUUCCUCCUGGGCCUCUCUGGGCUGGACGGGGAGAGGUGAGGUGAGAAGGGCCGAAUGGAGCCUUUCAGAGGCCCCGCGAGGAACCCGCCAGCACAAAGGAACAAGGCCUGCAGACCUAAGGUUACAGGAUCCCUCCUUGAGGACACAACUCGCAAGUGGGCUCAAUACAAAGAGAAGUGUCUGAGAGACUUACUCAAGGAACCUCCUGGGACCUUUUGUAACGGGACCUUUGAUCGAUACGUGUGCUGGCCUCAUUCUUCUCCAGGAAAUGUCUCUGUUCCCUGCCCUUCCUACUUACCUUGGUGGCAUGAAGAAAACUCUGGAAGGGCCUACAGACGCUGCCUGGCUCAGGGCACCUGGCAGACACUGGAGAACUCCACAAAUAUUUGGCAAGAUGAUUCCGAAUGCUCCAAGAAGCACAGUUCCGAACAGAAAGUGGAAAACCACGCCUUGCUGUCGACCUUGCAGCUGUUGUACACCGUGGGGUACUCUCUCUCCGUCAUCUCCCUCCUCUUGGCUCUCACCAUCCUCUUGUUUCUUCGAAAACUCCACUGCACACGCAACUAUAUCCACAUGAACCUGUUUGCUUCUUUCAUCCUGAGAGCCCUGGCCGUGCUGGUGAAGGACGCCAUCUUCUACAACUCUUACUCCAGGAGGCCCAACAGCGACAACAAGUGGCUGUCCUUCGUGUCAGAGAUAUCUGUCUCCUGCCGCUCUGCCCAGUUCCUGCUGCACUACUUUGUGGGAGCCAAUUACUCGUGGCUGCUGGUCGAAGGCCUUUACCUCCACACGUUGCUGGAGCCCACAGUGCUCUCUGAGAGGCGGCUGUGGCCCAGAUACAUGCUGGUGGGUUGGGCCUUCCCGCUGCUGUUUGUGGUACCCUGGAGUAUUGCUCGUGCACAGCUGGAGAACACCGGGUGCUGGGGAACCAACAGGAAUAAGAAAAUCUGGUGGAUCAUCCGGGGGCCCAUGCUGCUUUGUGUCAUGGUCAAUUUCUUCAUCUUCCUGAAAAUUGUCAAGCUUCUCAUUUCUAAGCUCAAAGCCCAUCAAAUGUGCUUCAGAGAUUAUAAAUACAGAUUGGCAAAGUCAACGCUGGUCCUCAUUCCUUUGUUGGGCGUUCACGAGAUCCUCUUCUCUUUCAUCACUGACGAUCAAGUCGAAGGAUUUUCAAAACUUAUACGACUCUUCAUUCAGUUGACUCUGAGCUCCUUCCACGGAUUGCUCGUGGCCUUGCAGUACUGUUUUGCCAAUGGAGAGGUGAAGGCUGAGCUGCACAAGCACUGGGUCCGCUUCCUGCUCGCCCGCCACUCCGGCUGCAGGGCCUGGGUCCUGGAGAAGAACUUCCGAUUCCUGGGGAAAUGUCCCAAGAAGCUGUCCCAGGCAGACGGCAAGGGGACGCUCGAGAAGCCGCAGCCCUCGCCGGGCGGUGGGCAGCUCCUGCACCUGGCCAUGCAGGGCCUGGGGGGGCUGGGCGCUCGGCCGCCGCGGGGACACGGGGCCUGGCCCCGGGGCAGCAGCCUGUCCGAGAGCAGCGAGGGAGACUUCACCCUGACCCACACCAUGGAGGAGAUUCUGGAAGAGAGCGAGAUCUAGGCUGGAGGCCCACCGCCCUGGCUCUGCUCCCCGAGAGCACGGUUCAGAGUCACCGGUCUUCCCCACGCACCCCAGCCACUUUGGCAUCCAGUUCACGUCCCAGUCUUGCAUGCUGGAGACCUUGAGGGGAGCGUGAUCCGGAGGCUGAGCGGGGUCCGGGCCAUUAGAGUCAGGCUCAGCGACUGAAUGCAUAAGUCAAGGGGCUGAAGGAUAAAACCACAAGAGGAACAGCCUAGAGAAACGCGUGUUCAUUCCCUGGAGUGUCGCUUUUAGGGAGUGCAAAAUGCAUGUGUACGUGGGCGGGUACGUUGCCAGGGGACCAGAUAGAGCCACGCAACAGGGGGAGGGACGGUAUGGUAUUUAUCAAGGCGGGUUGCCAGACUUAGGAGUUCAAAUACAUAACAGUCAGUUACAUUUGCAUUUCAGAUACAUGAAUAAUCGUAUUGUAGCAGUAUUCCCCCUUUAUCUGCAACUCAGAUGAAGUCCUGCAUCCUGUAUUUUAUUUGGCAACUCCAUUGUCAAGGAUGCUUUGCAACACGGGUGGGGACAAGGGUGAGGCAGGUGAGGAACGCAGUUUGGGUACAAGAUUUCGGACAGUCCUGGGAAAAACACCUCGAUUGUCACGAUAAGUGAUAUUUUAACACGACAUUAAAAAAAUAAACUAUAAUCCACAAGCUAUAGCAGAUGGGCCCUUUAUAAACACAACUUUUUACCAGAACCAGGGCCAGGCUGAGAGUGAGGUCAGUUCCUACAAAGGCAGAGCCUGAUCCCGACUUUAUUGACUAUUCUGCUCAUCAUGGACUUUUUAAUAUUCGUUUCUAUUUUUAAACGGUUGCCCCAAAAUAUCAUUUAUCUUGGUGAUUGAGGUUUCCUUGGCACUUCCCCCAGGACAGACGAGGGCAUAACAAAGCAAAGGGGUAUUUGUGAGGGGGUGGGGUCCAGAUUUUCCAGAGUUCAGUCAUUAAAAUACACAUCCUCCUAAUUUCUCCUUGCUCUCAAUGUUUCUGACUUUCCUCGUCCUAGAAAGCUGGGGUCCCAGCACAGCUGGACCAGAGUAGGCACUCAGCACACGUUCAUCAGUGACACAGGACAGAAAUGUCCUGGGAUCAUCAGAUGCGGGUGAGUCACCCGGGAUCCGGCCUCGAAUAGAGGGAACUUUUCUUUCCCCAAAGCAUCUGUAAAUAUGUCCUGCCCUGUCUUCACUCCGCAAAUGGCGUGCAUGUGGGCGCGUGCACGCACACUCACACACACACACACACACACACACGCACACACACACACACACAGCUUGCUCUUGUCUUGCUAAACAUUAAAAUAAGUUUAUUUAA